UAUCUGACGCUCCAGCAGAGCCCUGUCUCCCUCCCAGUUCCACCAGUGCCUCUCGGCUGCUGCCAGACCACUUUUUAGUUAAGACACAUUUAGAUUUGUUUCCACUGAUUGAAUCAGAAGCUCAGCAUCACUCGAGACCACAGCAGUUGGCAAAGAUGUAGGGUUUGGAAAAUGGCUGUCAUAACAUGCCUUUCAUCUAACUCUGGGGUCCUCCAAAAUAUCUUGUAUAGAACUCAGAGUCAGAGGAGCAGAGGACAGAUUAGAAGAAUACUGAAUCGAGCCGGACUUAGGAAGGGAUGAUGUUGUUGAUGUGGUGUCAGUGUGGGGGCCUGAGAGUGUCCGGCUUUGGUCACUUCAUCGGUCGUUUGUGUCCAACGAUAGUAAUAUAUAACCUAGUCUACAUAACAUAUUAAGGUCAUGUAUUCAUAAUUACAAAGAAUACCUGGUGUCACCUCUGCUUAAAGAAGUUUGACGUUGAUUUCUUAUGGAUCAGCAUCCUCAGCAUCCUCCUACGUUGAUCACACGAUAGAUCAUCUGAUUAAUCUCAGCGUAACCGUGUGUGUGGUCAGCCAUGCAAAUAGUUAAUCUAUUAACAGAAUGCUUGCAAUGUUCCACAGAUGGUGAGGAUUUACAUUUCAUCUGUGCCGUGGAUAUUCAUCUGCCUCUUAUUUUAAACCAUCUGAAGAAGUAUUGGCUCAAUGUAACCUUUUAACUAUUCAAAAAAGGAUGUUUUACAUAACGCAUGCUGUGAACACAUUUGAAAGCUGAAAUGAAAGCACUUCUUGACACUUUGUUUUUCCUUGUGUCUAAUGAUAUCUUCUUCUCCCUCUCAUUGCAGAGAAGAAAACCCGCAGAUGAACUAUGAAUGCUGAACACGAUGAUCUUCUCCUUCCAGUGCCAGACAAUGCGAGGGCGUAGGCUGAAGGGGGCGCUGUCCAACCCCCUCUUGGUGCUGCUGUUGGCGCUGCAGAUCCUGGUGGUGGCCGGGCUGGUCCGCGCUCAGACCUGCCCCUCCGUGUGCUCCUGCAGCAACCAGUUCAGCAAAGUCAUCUGCACGCGGCGCAACCUCCGAGACGUCCCCGAUGGCAUCUCCACCAACACCCGGUAUCUCAACCUGCAGGACAACCUCAUCCAGAUCAUCAAGGUGGACAGCUUCAAACACCUGCGCCAUCUGGAGAUCCUGCAGCUGAGCAAGAACCACAUCCGCAGCAUCGAGAUCGGGGCCUUCAACGGGCUGGCCAGCCUGAACACCCUGGAGCUCUUUGACAACCGGCUGACGGUCAUCCCCAACGGGGCCUUCGAGUACCUGUCCAAGCUGAAGGAGCUGUGGCUGCGGAACAACCCCAUCGAGAGCAUCCCGUCCUACGCCUUCAACCGCGUGCCCUCGCUGCGGCGGCUGGACCUGGGAGAGCUCAAACGUCUGUCCUAUAUCUCGGACGGGGCUUUCAAAGACUUGAGUAACCUGCGCUAUCUGAACCUGGGGAUGUGCAACCUCAAGGAGAUCCCCAACAUUCUACCCUUGGUCAGACUCGAAGAGUUGGAAAUGUCCGGCAAUCAACUCUCUAUCGUACAGCCCAGCGCGUUCACUGGGCUAGUGAACCUGCAGAAGCUGUGGAUGAUGCAUGCCCAGAUCCAAACCAUAGAGAGGAACUCCUUUGACGACCUCCAGUCUUUAGUCGAGCUCAACCUGGCCCACAACAACCUGACCCUGCUCCCCCACGACCUCUUCACCCCCCUGCAUCGCCUGGAGCGGGUCCACCUCCACCACAACCCCUGGAACUGCAACUGUGACAUAUUGUGGCUGAGCUGGUGGCUGAAGGAGACGGUCCCAGCCAACACCAGCUGCUGCGCCCGCUGCCACGCGCCGGCCAGCUACAAAGGCCGCUACAUCGGGGAGCUAGACCACAGCUACUUCCAGUGCGAUGUUCCAGUUAUCGUGGAGCGCCCCACUGACCUGAAUGUCACCGAGGGGAUGGGCGCCGAGCUGAAGUGCCGGACCAGCUCGCUGACGUCCAUCAGCUGGCAGACGCCCAACGGCUCGCUGGUCACCCACGGGGCGUACAAGGUGCGGCUGGCCGUGUUGAACGACGGCACGCUGAACUUUACCAGCGUCACCAUGCAGGACACCGGGACCUACACCUGCAUGGUGAGCAACACGGCGGGGAACAUCUCCGCCUCGGCCGUGCUCAACGUCACCUCGGUGGAGAACAGCGGGGUGACCUACUUCACCACGGUCACCGUGGAGACCAUGGAGUCCCCGGGGGACGAGAGCCAGACCCCGCUGCCGCCCUUCGGCUGGGUGUCGUCCUCCACCACCAGGGCCCCCCCGGUGUCCACGCGCACCACGGAGCGGACCUACACCAUCCCUGUGAUCGACCCCGACGGGGAAGGGCCGCUCAACGGGCUGGAUGAGGUGAUGAAGACCACCAAGAUCAUCAUCGGCUGCUUCGUGGCCAUCACGCUCAUGGCCGCCGUGCUGCUGGUCAUCUUCUACAAGAUGAGGAAGCAGCACAACCAGCAGGACCCCGAUGGCCCCGCCUCCUCCAUGGAGGUCAUCACCGUGGAGGAGGAGCUGGCCGGGGUGGCGGCGAUGGAGAGACACCUGUCGCUGCCCCCGCUGGAGCACUAUAACCACUACAACACCUACAAGAGCAGCUACCACCACCCCUCGGUGCUCAGCAGCCUCCACAGCUCCAACACACAGGAACCUUUACUGAUCCAGGCCUGCUCCAAAGACAAUGUUCAGGAGACGCAGAUCUGAGGCCGCUCCCGUCCCAACAGUUCCUAUCAGUGGUUUUAUAUUCGGAGUUCAACGGGCUAACUGGGGAGGAGAAAA